AUGCGCGUCAAGGAUGCCCCACGGGCACAGUGGGCACCCGCAUACUCCCCGGCUGACACGUACUGUGGCUUCCUGUCGCUGCCGACUGAACUGCGAUGUCAUAUCUACGACUAUCUCCUCGCCGAACCUCACGCGAUUACCAUCUCGGCCGGCUACACGACCGUGUUUGGUCACCGCGUACGCGACAAGGCGCGUAAAGUCGACGUGCCGGGCCUCUCACUCGAUCUUGCGCCUCUUGUACGCAGCAAUCACGAUGCCGCGCUCCUCUCGGUCGCCACACCGCCUGAGAUCGCGCUCGACACGGAGGACGCGUGGACCGGUGGCAAGCCACAGCUGCAAUUGCCAGGCCCACUUGCCCUGCUGAGGACGUGUCGCAUCGUCAACGACGAGCUAAAAGACUACAUGCGCGGAAGGAAAGCGCGUAAAGCCCUGCGAUCAAAGAACACACCGACAGCCGCGGAUGAUACCGAAGGGCUGUCUCUAUAUGUCUCGUACCCUUAUGGCGUCAUGGUGCUCAACCACCUGUAUCCGUCUCUCCUCAAACAAGCGCGAUUCGUCUACAUCUCCGGACACUACACAACCGCCAAGGAGACUGAAUUGCCGCUCAAUGCUUCCCUCGACUCCAACGCGAACCUGAGCCUCACACCACAAUCAUCCUUCGCGACAACGCCUGUACGAUCCAUGUACCGCGAAAGAUCACAUACCACGAACGGCACGCCACGCCUACGGUCGAGUCGAACGCGUCUACGUCUCGACGCCCCGCUACAGCAACAAACACCACUUGCCAAAUCCUCCAACACGUUUCCUGCGAUGGACAAGGACACAUCCUCCGCCGCCCUCGCGGCUCUCGCAGAUACACUUCGCGUCCUUUUCCCUUCCUAUUCCGCGCCGACUCCUGCCACACCAUCACCGCUCGUCUCCUUGCAAGCACGCUUUCUCUACCCUGGCGCAGAGUCAUACUCCAGCGUCUGGAGUGAUGAGUCGAGUCCUGUUAGCCACCUCUUACGCGGCAUUUGUGGCGGUAAAAUCGACAUGCAAGUGAAGCGUGGAAGCCUUGGAUGCGGUGUAUCCGUUGGCGUCAUACCGCAGGCAGACAAGCGCGUCGUGAGCACGAGCUGGGAGAACUGGCGGGUCAUCGAACAAGCGCCCGUGGGUCUGAACGGACGGCGAAUGACAGGCCGCGGCCGAGAAGUGCGGUUGAGCGACCUUGACUCGUUCCUGACUGAGGUCUAG